AAACUUGACAGCUGUUAUGCAGAAAGAGUGUAAAAACGUCUCAGUCCUGUCACUCGUAACGAUAUCGAAUUAAAAGGUGAAGGUUUAUGUUUGGUACAGCGAAAGAUCAAGUCUUUUCCAUCCUACAACUGCAUGGUGACAUUCAACUGGACUAACCAUGGCUGAAUCUUCUGCCGAUAUGGAUAUUUUUUGGUUUAAUCAAGCAGAUUCGGAGUCACAAGCUGAUAUGACUGAUGAGGAUUCUUUACUGCAAGCUAUCGAGCAACAUGAUCUGGCCACCGCACAGAAUCUCCUUCAAAUCAAAGGUGUCUCGCCAAAUUUUGAACGCAGGGGAACAAGUCCAAUUUGUAGGGUCGUCUGCCUUGGACAAGAAGAUAUGUUAGAGCUUCUCAUAUCAAACCACAGUUCCCUGACCAUGUCGUGUCAGAAGGACACGAUGUGGUUACGACACCCUAUACACCUGGCUGCGUCUAAGGGCUACUCAAACAUUGUAGGCCGUCUCAUUGAGUGUGGAGUGGACAUCAACAGCAAGGACUCAGACCACCGAACACCUCUUCACUGGGCAGCAACUUACGGGCGUACUGACACAACACAACUUCUGCUCCAAAAGGGAGCGGUGGUGAAUGUGACACAAACUGAUGGUUUCACACCUCUGCAUGCAGCCACUUGCCUUGGUCAUCUUAAUGUGUGUGAGAUACUAAUUGAUAAUGGUGCAGAUGUGAAUAGGGUUGAUGCAGAGGGUUGGACUGCUCUUCACACUGCUGUGUGCUAUGGCCAGCCACAUGUUGUGGAACUACUUCUAGAAAAACACUCUUCUGUCAAAGCUGUAACUUUGGAUCAGAAUACAACUUUACAUGUAGCAGCAAGUAGUGGAUACCUGAGUGUGAUGGAAAUCCUCUUAACACAAGAUCUGGACUUAAACAGGAGAAACAUGCAGGGUUUUACACCAUUCCAUCUUGCGUUUUAUCACAGUAAGAUUAAUGCUUGUAAAUUGCUAAUUAAACAUGGAGUAGACAUCCAGACCUUUGACUGUAAUGGUCAGUCACCUUUGUACCUGGCAGCAGCACGUAUGAAUGUGAAGUUGGUCUAUCUUCUCCUUGAGUCAGGUUAUGAUUUUAGCAAGGAAAAAUGGAUUCGGGAAAAACAAUUUCCAUUUGUAGUCCAAAAACUACCAGCUCUUUGUGAAUUAUUGAUAGAGACUGGCAGCAACCCUAGAUCACUUCAGCACAUAGCCUGUGUCAGAAUUCGAAAUCUUAUUUCUGGGAAUAUUGUGCCAAAAAUAGAAACUUUGCCUAUUCCAAAGAGUUUGAUGGAUAUUCUAGCAUUCAAAUGUGGACAAUUUAGUGAGGAAAACAAUUCUGAGAAGGUUUGCUUUUUCUCUACUAUUCAACAGGCAUGGGUUUUUACAUGAAAUGAGAAAACAUCAUUUUUUAAAAGUAUUCAGUCCUUUAUAUUAAUUAUUGUUAAGUAAUGUUGACCUUGACAUAAGAGCUAAAGGGAUAUCUAUAUCCUACUUUAAACUAUGGACAGUUUGAUCGAAGUUUUUUUAAGAAAUGAGUGUCUAGAACACUGACUUUAAUUUGGGAGGGGAAUCAUGACCUUAGAACCAUGAAACUACAGCUCAUCUCAGCUUAUUGUGAUGUUUCAGGUUGAUCAGGUUCCCUUACAUAAUGAAUACACUGGAAUGUUUCUAAAUUGGUCUACAAUUUCUAUAGAUAGUAACAGUGGCCUGAAAUCCCUGAAACAUGAAAUCAUAUGAGGUAUUCUCUUUGUAAUAAGUUGGACAAAUUACUAAAGAAAUAAAGAGUGAUACUGUA